GUCCUCGUUUAUUUUGCCCUCAUUUCAACUCUCUCGCUCUCUCUCUCUCUCUCUGUGCACUCGUCGGGCUAAGAGAUCAGAUCUGCGAGAUCUAAAAACCCUCUUCUCUAUCUCUGAUCUACUCUCUCUUCCUCCGAAAAUCUUAACCUACACCCCCUCUGUCCUUAUCCUUCACCCUUCUCUCUCUCUCUCUCUCUCUCUCUCUCUCUCUCUCUCUGUUGAUUCCAGCGAUUUCGAUGACUACAACGGCUAUGGAUUCGGUCUGAUCAAUCCGUGUCCUUUCCAGAUCUCUGUUUCGCUUGAGGUUUCAGCAGCGGUUUGGGUUUGAGAGGCGGUGGCAGCGGCAGCGGAGACGACGAUGCUGACGAAAUUCGAGACGAAGAGUAAUAGGGUGAAGGGGUUGAGCUUCCACAGCAAGAGGCCAUGGAUCCUGGCGAGCCUUCACAGCGGUGUGAUCCAGCUCUGGGAUUACAGGAUGGGGACCCUAAUUGACAGAUUCGAUGAGCAUGAUGGCCCCGUCCGCGGGGUCCACUUCCACAAAUCCCAGCCCCUGUUUGUCUCCGGAGGAGAUGAUUAUAAGAUCAAAGUCUGGAAUUAUAAGAUGCAUCGGUGCCUAUUUACCCUUCUUGGCCACCUUGAUUACAUCCGUACUGUUCAAUUCCACAAUGAGUACCCAUGGAUUGUCAGUGCCAGUGAUGAUCAAACUAUCAGAAUAUGGAACUGGCAGUCACGGACUUGCAUUUCUGUCUUAACUGGACAUAAUCAUUAUGUCAUGUGUGCCUCCUUCCAUCCUAAAGAGGACCUGGUUGUAUCAGCUUCCUUGGAUCAAACAGUGCGUGUUUGGGAUAUAGGUGCUCUGAGGAAAAAGACCGUCUCUCCUGCAGAUGACAUUCUGCGUCUGAGUCAGAUGAACACAGAUUUGUUUGGGGGAGUGGAUGCUGUUGUUAAGUAUGUCUUGGAAGGUCAUGAUCGUGGAGUGAAUUGGGCUGCAUUUCAUCCCAGCUUACCUCUGAUUGUGUCUGGAGCUGAUGAUCGCCAAGUAAAACUGUGGAGAAUGAAUGAUACAAAAGCUUGGGAAGUGGAUACACUGAGAGGGCAUAUGAAUAAUGUGUCUUGCGUAAUGUUCCAUGCAAGGCAGGACAUUAUUGUAUCAAACUCAGAGGAUAAAAGCAUUCGUGUAUGGGAUGUCACAAAGCGGACUGGUGUUCAAACAUUCCGUAGGGAGCAUGAUCGGUUCUGGAUUCUGUCAGCACACCCGGAAAUGAAUCUUCUGGCAGCUGGUCACGAUAGUGGUAUGAUUGUCUUCAAGUUGGAGAGAGAACGACCUGCUUUUUCUGUCAGUGGAGAUUCUUUGUACUAUGUCAAGGACCGUUUUCUACGCUUCUAUGAGUUUUCAUCUCAGAAAGACAACCAAGUGAUUCCGAUACGACGACCUGGUUCCACCAACUUGAAUCAGGGACCGAGGACUUUGUCUUAUAGCCCUACAGAGAAUGCCGUCUUGCUCUGUUCGGACGUGGAUGGUGGAUCAUAUGAACUUUAUAUUGUACCCAAGGACAGUGUUGGCAGGGGUGAUACUGUGCAAGAAGCAAAGAGAGGAGCUGGUGGAUCUGCUAUUUUUGUGGCUCGCAAUAGGUUUGCUGUCCUUGACAAGAGUAACAACCAAGUGUUAGUCAAAAACCUUAAGAAUGAGAUUGUUAAGAAGGGCAGCCUUCCUGUUGCUGCUGAUUCAAUAUUCUAUGCUGGGACUGGCAAUUUGCUAUGCAGGUCUGAGGAUAAGGUUGUCAUCUUUGAUCUCCAGCAGAGGACUAUUCUCGGUGAUCUCCAGACCCCUUUUGUUAAGUAUGUUGUUUGGUCGAGUGACAUGGAGACUGUUGCAUUGCUCAGCAAACAUGCUAUUAUUAUUGCCAGUAAGAAACUUGUGCACCGGUGUACGCUUCAUGAGACGAUUCGUGUCAAGAGUGGGGCCUGGGAUGACAAUGGUGUUUUCAUAUAUACAACCUUGAAUCACAUCAAGUAUUGCCUUCCGAAUGGCGACAGCGGAAUCAUCAGGACUCUCGACGUUCCGAUAUACAUCACAAAGGUUUCUGGGAACACUAUCUUUUGCUUGGAUCGGGAUGGGAAGAACCGUGCAAUAUCAAUCGAUGCAACGGAAUAUGUUUUCAAGCUCUCCCUUAUAAAGAAGAGAUUUGACCUUGUCAUGAGCAUGAUCCGGAACUCACAGCUAUGCGGGCAGGCUAUGAUUGCCUAUCUGCAACAGAAAGGGUUCCCAGAAGUUGCUCUACAUUUCGUCAAAGAUGAGAGGACCCGGUUCAACUUAGCACUGGAGAGCGGCAACAUCCAGAUUGCAGUUGCUUCAGCAAAGGAGAUAGAUGAGAAAGAUCAUUGGUAUAGGUUAGGCGUCGAGGCCCUUCGACAAGGCAAUGCGAGCAUUGUUGAAUAUGCAUACCAGAGGACGAAGAACUUCGAGAGACUCUCAUUUCUGUAUCUCAUAACAGGGAAUAUGGAGAAGCUGUCCAAGAUGCUGCGGAUAGCUGAGAUCAAGAAUGAUGUAAUGGGCCAGUUCCACAAUGCCCUGUACCUAGGUGACAUUCGUGAGAGGGUCAAGAUCUUAGAGAAUGCUGGCCACUUGCCCCUUGCAUAUGUUACAGCUGCUGUUCAUGGUCUCACGGAAAUUGCUGAUAGGCUUGCUGCUGAGUUGGGGGAUAAUGUUCCAGCUCUCCCUGAGGGAAAAGUGCCUUCGCUUUUGAUGCCCCCUGCCCCCAUCCUGUCUGGUGGGGAUUGGCCUUUGUUGAGGGUCAUGAAAGGCAUCUUUGAAGGUGGAUUGGAUAAUAUUGGCAGGGCAGGACAGGAGGAAGACGAAGAGGCAGCCGCUGCUGACUGGGGUGAUGACUUGGAUAUUGUCGAUGUAGAUGGCAUGCAGAAUGGAGAUAUUGGAGUGGUAGUUGAGGAUGGGGAAGCUGAAGAAGGUAACGAUGAGGAGGGUGGAUGGGAUCUUGAAGACCUGGAGCUACCUCCUGAAGCUGAUACUCCAAAAGCCACCGUUAGUGCCCGUUCAGUAUUUGUUCCUCCAACCCCAGGCAUGCCUGUCAGCCAGAUCUGGGUUCAGAAAUCAUCCCUUGCUGGUGAGCAUGCAGCAGCUGGCAAUUUUGACACUGCAAUGCGCUUGCUGAGCCGGCAGUUGGGUAUAAAGAACUUCGCUCCCUUGAGGCUUAUGUUCCUUGAUCUGCACACAGGCAGCCACACCUAUCUACAAGGUUUCGCUUCAGCUCCAGUGAUCCCACUGGCUGUCGAGAAAGGGUGGAGUGAGUCUGCUAGCCCUAAUGUGAGGAGUCCACCGGCGCUCAUCUACAAGUUCUCGCAGUUGGAUGACAAACUUAAAACUGCUUACAAGUUCACCACCGAGGGGAAGUUCGUUGACGCUUUGAAGCUUUUCCUCAAUAUCUUGCACACCAUCCCACUGAUCGUGGUUGAGUCGAGGAGAGAGGUGGACGAAGUCAAGGAGUUGAUCGUCAUAGCAAAAGAGUAUGUGCUGGGCCUGCGCAUGGAGGUCAAGAGAAAAGAAAUGAAAGAUGAUCUUGUUCGUCAGCAGGAGUUGGCGGCCUACUUCACGCACUGCAACCUUCAAAGGAUCCAUCUAAGGCUUGUGCUGAUGAGUGCCAUGAGUAUCUGCUUCAAGGGAGGAAACUUCAAUACAGCGGCCAACUUUGCCCGUCGGCUUCUGGAGACAGACCCUCCUAAUGAGACACAGGCAAAGAGGGCCAGGCAAGUCUUGCAGGCCUGCACCGAUAAAAACAUGAAGGAUUCGACUCCGCUGAACUACGACUUCCGGAAUCCGUUCGUGGUUUGUGGAGCUACAAUGGUGCCAAUAUACCGUGGACAGAAGGACGUGUCGUGCCCGUAUUGUGGUUCACGGUUUGUGCCAGCCAUCGAAGGACAGCUCUGUUCCGUUUGCGAUCUUGCAGUGGUUGGAGCGGAUGCAUCCGGCCUGCUCUGUUCCUCUUCUCAGAUAAGAUGAUCCAACAGAGAUCCUGUCUAAUUCCUUGUCGCAGUAGGGGGGAUGGACUUAAAACUGCAGAAAGGGUUAUAGCUGUCAUAGCUGAAUUCAAGCUUUCCAAAGGAGCCGCAGCUGCUGCAUCUGCCGCCCCAGGCGCUUCUGCUAGUUGUGUUGUCGCCACACCUCCGCAAACUAAAGGUAGGGAAUCGUUCAUGCAUUCCGUUUGGUUGAUUUGUUUGGUCCUUUUUUCUUAUCUUUUUCUUUUUUUUCUUUCUUUUAAUUUUGAUAAUGAUUUUCCAGUUCUAUGAAUGAUCUAAUAUAAUAAACUUGAUUAUCGCAGAGAAUUUUGGCUGUCGAUUCUUGCUCCUGGUCAUGAAAUUAUGGGCAAGAAUGACGAGCACAUUUUUAAGUUAGUGAUAGGUUAAAAAAAAAAGACAACUGUGUAUGUAAGUUGGGGAUGCGAUUUGGUGUGUCGUCUGAGAUGGGUCGGGUGUUCAUUUAUAUUAGAUGUGUUCUAUCUAUUUCUCUA